GCGUCCACAUCGCAUCAGUGCGGUCACCAUACGACAGCACGGGAAUCAUCUCGCCACCAGUCACCGUUGGCCCUUUGCAACGAUAUUGAAUGGGCGGCUGCGCGGCAGUCUGGUCGCCGUCCCCUUUCUUUUUUCGGCUUCCCUUAGCACUCUUCUCGGGUUUGGACGCGCCUCCACCCUUAUUCCCCUCGCAACCCGCCCCGCGCGGCUGCUUGUCGCCCUUCGAAGGAGAGCCGCACACCUGCGAGAUCCCGCCGCCCAUUGGGACUCUUCUCCUCUCUUCUUCUCUCCUGUCCUGUCUGCUGCUCUUUCCUCUCCUCUCCUCUCCUCUCCUCUCAGCCCAAGGAAGAAGAAGGCUGAAAUGGUGUGGGCACCAGUCAACAAUGCAGCGCAAAGGGAGUCGGCGCAGCUGGAUAGCCAGCAGAGGGUAGACAGCACGCACGCAGAUAGAUAG